AUGAUUGAGAGUGUGCAAGCGAGGCAGCGCGGGGCCUUCAACUUUGAGGACCACUAUGAAAAUCUGUGUGCACUUCAAGAUUCAGCUCCUCUUGCUGCUGUAAAGGCACACCUGGCCAAAGGGGUCCUUGAUCUGAAUGGCGAUCGCAUCAGGUUAAAUGAUUGGUCUCCGAUCAUCAACACAAUCAAAAUCAACAGGAGCCUGCAGUUGAUCGCUGUUCGAAGCUUUUGUCAGGCCCCAGCGUCAGAAGAUGGAAAUAAAAUGGCUGUACUCAAACACAAACUUGCAGCCAUCAGAUCAAAGGAGAUAACUCACAGGCUGGUGAAGGCACUGAAGGACUGUCUGCUGAUCUCCCCUACACUGUCCUGUAUCGAGCUGCAGGGACUAGCCCUGAGACGCAGCGAUUUGUUGGUGUUGGUCAAGGGCCUCUCAAAAAGUCAAACACUGCGCCAUUUAUCCCUGGAGCAGUGUCGGAUUGGAGACAAGGGACUGGAAGUUUUGUGUAGCGGACUGAAGAACUCAAAGUUUAUCAACUCUGUCAAUCUCAGUGGAUGUAGCAUCACUCCUUCUGGUGCAGAGGCUUUAGCGGGGGUGAUCAAG